AUGGAUGCCCACGUCCUCACAUCCUAUCUCGAGCAGGCCCAGACAAUCAGUGCUGGAAAACUGUUCGGGACCUUCUUCGCAAUCUGGCUCUCGUAUUGGAUAACUAUAGGCGUAUAUCGCGUCUACUUCCAUCCAAUAGCGCACAUUCCCGGGCCUAGACUCGCGGCCCUGACAUUCUGGUAUGAAUUCUACUACGAUGUCUACCCACACAAAUAUCAAUACGGCUUCAAGCUCAGAGAGCUACACGACAAAUACGGCCCCAUCAUCCGCAUCAACCCCUUUCACGUGCACAUCCACGACCACUCCUACCUCGACACUAUCUACGCUACCGGAAAUGCACACAAACGCGAUCGCUGCUCUUGGUCGCAUCACUCCGGCGCAAAGACCUUCAGCGGUGCGAUGCUCGAGGCAAUGGACCACGACCUGCACAAAAUGCGGCGCAACGCCACAAGCGGCUUCUUCAGCAAGCGAAACGUGCAAGCGCUUGAGCCUCUGAUCAUUAAUACAACGAAUAGGCUUCUCGCGAGGCUGAAGCAGGAUAUGACUCGUGACAUUGGCGAAGGCGGGCAAGGCAUCGUGAAUCUGAACUGCGCUUUUGCAGCCAUGACUAUGGACAUCAUCAGCGAGUAUUGCUUCGGCGAGGGCAUGAACAGCAUGGAACGGCCCAGGUACGGCAAGCAGAUGCUGGAUAUAUUGCAUAUGGGCCUUCAGAUGCGGCCGAUUGCGCGGCAAUUUCCGACGUUGAUUAACUGGAUGUUCGAUCUGCCGCCUGAGCGCGUCGCUUACCUCUCGCCUGAGAUUGUGGUCAUGAAUGAGUUCAAUGCCGGGCUCUUGGCUAGGAUUACAAAGAUCAUGAAUUAUGAAGAUGGAAGUGGUGAGAAGGCGGGCCACAGGUCGAUAUUCCACGUUUUUAGGGAUGACCCUGAAGUGAAGCUGCCGCCAGAGGAGAAAGAGCCCUUCCGCUUGAUGGCGGAGAGCAGUGUCUUCAUGGGCGCGGGGACGGAAACAACGGCGCGGGCACUAGCUGUCACAAUAUACUAUCUCUUAAAAGAGAAAGACAUUGGAAGUCAGUUACUGCAAGAGUUGAAGACGGUCCUCCCCACGAAAGAUUCAAAAGUCUCGCUGCCUCAGCUUGAAGCCCUACCAUACCUCGUAAGCACAUUGUAA